UCAGUCUUGGAAACGCAAUAUCAAUCAAUAAUUUGAUACGAGCGCACCGCUGCUGACUGUAGAAUUCAAAAAUGAAAUGAAUAGGGAGGAGAGAGAUAAUAUUGACUCUGUUCAAAUUACCCCGUAUCGACAUAACAGAAUACACAGUUCAUUUUCCACCAUGGAAAUUUUGAGCGAUUGUGAUGGAACCCAAACACUUUCAGGUGCUUUUUGGGUGAAUGAUGCUGCAGUACACAAGAGGGAUGAUAGUAACAGCAUUGAUAAAAAGGCCCGGUUACCAGACGGAGAUGUCACUGUUAGUACUAGCAGGAGUAGUACCGGUGUAAAUGGUGACAGCAGCAGCUCAAAGAAUUUUGGAAAGGUUACUUCGACUACUAUGCUGGAAAAAAAUGGUAUUUCGAGUUCAAUAUCGGUUUUGGGUACAGCCACAGGCAUGAUAAAUACCACUAGAAAUACACACCCUACGUUAUUUACAACAUCUACCAACACAUUGCAGGAUUCACUACAAGAUCCAACCAACACACCGCCAGCUUCCAGUGCGAAGAAACGAAUGCAUAUGAUAGUUGGUAUUUUCGUUGGCAUUGUCGCUGGUAUCUUAGGUUUAUUUGUUUUGGCGAUAGUAUAUAUAAAAAUCCAACACCGAGAAAAGCAUGAACAACCUCCUACAUCACCAUGGAAGAUAUGGAGUGAUAAGGAACGUGUUGGAGCUAGAAACAACUGCUAAUUCCCAUGAGUUGGAGGGACCUGGAAAGUUUGAAUUGCAUGGUACGAGUAUGAAGGAAAAGAUAUAUGAGUUGGAAGGAAGGAGUAUCAAGAGAGCUGCUCGGGUAGAUGUUGGUGAUUGAAUCAAACAAUGAUCGGGAUUG